AUGUUCGCUGGUUCAGUGCUCAGUGGUACUAAUGGAGGACUGAUUAGUUCAAGCAGUGGUACAGGAACUGCUAUCAGUCCUGGUACUGGGGGUAUGCUCGCUCAUUCAGGAAUUGGCCUUUUGGUACCUUCCAUACAACAGUUUCCCAUACCUCAUUUUCAGUACCCUACGUUUACGAUGGAUCUAUCGCCACCACUGCAACAUUACCAACACAUGCUGUAUAGUCUUUUACCAAUGCAACCAUCAGUUUAUAGUAUGCAGCAACCAAGAAUUAGUAUGCAAUGUUGUGCUCCUUGUCCGGAUGGAAAUGGUAUAUGUUGCUGCACUCCAGGCUUUAGCACUACUGUACCACCAACUCCCACAUCUUAUACACCAUAUCAUCCACCUUUUUCCGCUGCAGCAAACAAGUCAAAUCAAGCGACAGCACUGUUUGCUAGUUUAAUUAUGUUGCUUGCAUUUAUAAACUUCUACUAG